AUAACAAGACGUUUCCUACCGAUGAAGAGCCAAUGGGGCUUUUCAAAAUUCAUCUCUAAAAAAGUUAUGUCCGAACCAUCAAACGGUUACCUACUCGACGACACAAGUGUGUUUGGUGCUGAGGUUUUCAUUGUGGAAAAAGAAGCAGCAGCAAUUGAAUGUCUAUCUUUGAGGAAUUUCGAUAUUCCUUACACACGUGAUUGGAUUAUUCCAAACUUCUCUAAAUUGGAAGAUAUUUGGGAAUCUGAAGAAUUCUAUGCUGGAGGCGAAAAAUGGACGGUUCAACUUUACCCAAAAGGAAAUGGAAAAGGAGCCGGCAGCCAUGUCGGCAUCUUUUUGCAGUAUCACGGUUCCGGAAAAAUGCAAGCAAGUUAUACGAUAUGUAUCAAAAACCAGCUUUCUGAUCAACACGUGAAAAGAACUACAAUCGAUCGCUUGUUCCCAACCAAUAAUUGGGGAUGGCCUUUAUUCAUGGAGCUUGCAACUAUUAAUGAUCCUAAAAAGGGAUUCGUUGUCUGUGAUACUUGUCUCGUACAUAUCGAAAUUUCGUCUCUGAAAGAUGUCGUGCAGUGAUCGAUAUCGUAUCAUUUAUGAUGGAAUAUUAGCUGCACAUUAUAUUAUUCAUCUCUCUCUCUCUAUAUAUGAAUUUUCAGUUUACAUUAAUAACUUGGAUGGAUAAUUUUCCAGAAAAUAUUUUCAGUUUAAACCUCUUUUGUUCGAUC